AUGGAUUCAUUACCGAUUGCUUAUUUAACAAGAAGUGAAAUAUUCAGCGCUUGUCAUCGUCUUCACAGCAAAGAUUUAACGGAAGAAGAAAAUAAAAAAAUUUACGGAAAAUGUAAUAAUAUAAACGGUCACGGACACAAUUAUAAAGUCGAAGUGACGUUAAAAGGACCCGUGUCACCUGUUACGGGCAUGGUUGUCAACAUAACAGACUUAAAAUCUUACAUGGACGAAGUUAUAAUGAAAAAAUUAGAUCAUAAAAAUAUAGACGAAGACGUUGAUUUUUUUAAAAAUGGCGGAAUUGUGAGCACGACGGAAAAUCUAGCAAUUUACAUAUUUAACGAAUUACGUUCACUUCUUCCGAAUCCAAAUUUAUUACAUAAAGUUAAAAUACACGAAACGGAUAAAAAUUCCGUUGUUUAUCGUGGCGAAAUCACGUGA